AUGCCUAGUGGGUCCUCUGCACCGACCUUGCUUAGAGCUGGUAAUAAAGGGGAUCCUGCCUGGAGCAUUGUUCAGAAUCUUUUAGCAGUUAACCACCAAGAGUACCACGUUUUCUUCUCCGAGGUCCACGAUGUUUUGUUGCAUAACCAUCUCCCACAUCAUGCCUUGACCUUGUACUCGCUCGGUGCCACCAAAGAAAAGAUUGAGUGGCACUUCAACAACAAUACGGGAUAUCAACGAGACCAACCUGAAAUCGCCGCGGAAUUAUCUGACUCGCUGUCUGAUAUCUCUAACUUCAAGCGGCAUCUGGGAGAUCCCAAGGAGUAUAGAAAUUUUCUCCUAUUCUUCCGCCGAGAGAUGGAGAGGGACGGGUACGAAAAGGCCGUGAAUCGCUUCCUAUUUGGCGGAGACGCACUCUCUAAUGAGAUAUUUGCUCGAUUAUUCACUGGUUUCCUUCACCCCCUCAUCAACGCGGGCUUUGGCAUUGAGUUUGACCUUCCUUUUCUUGUUUGUGAGGGUCUCGCCAUGGCAUGCACGCAGAAUGAUGUCGAUGUGGUCCGGUUCAUGAAUGAUAUCGAAGAAUCAGUCUCGGCCAAUCAAGAGAGAGUCAGUCUUGUUGAGAUUCUUGACCUCUGCUCGUCUGACCAGAAACUGAUUGAUGCAAUUCCCCUGGAACCUUUCCAUAUUUUGGACACAGAGGGACUGUUGGGCACCCAGACAGCGAAAGUCGUCGACUACGCCCGUCGAUUUGUUGUCAGUGAGGAUGAGAUCGCACUCCGAUCAGCGGAAUUGUGCAAUGCUACUUCGGUCAUGUUGGCUGGCGCGCAACGGUACAACAAGGAGCCCAGAAUGGACUUCUUCAUUAUGCAUGCAACCAACAGCUCCAUCUUGGUAGACUCCAUUGUGCGCAAGAGCUGGAUUAGUCCGGUGAGCAAAGCCCGCUUGCUUUCUUGGUUUGGCAGAUUCUGCAUCAUAUUGCACAUGAUCUCAGGUUGUCCAAAACUCGACCUGGGUCCCAUGCGUGCGUACGGCCCUCCGAACGGGCUGAAAACGUGGAUUGAUGCCGUUGAGAGCGGCAAAGAAUACAGAGAUGAUGGCCAUGGGUGCAAAAUGAUACGAGCUCUUAUCCAUGCUGAGCAGGUUAGCAGGCCAUUCGAGAAUAGGCCCGAGUUUCGUAUGAAGAAGUCCGAUUUCGAAAAAGCUGCACUGGUUGUUGCGAGCAGCUUUCUUCCCAACGACGUGGUCAGCCGGGCCGGAUACGAUCAAGCUGAAGCAUGGGUCAGAUUCGCCGGGUUUGAUAGUGCCUGGGAGGGCGUCCCUACUUUGACGAUUGCCGAAGCGUAG